GUGCUCGCGGCGCUGCGCGACGCGCACGCGGCGCUGACGCUGGAGACGGCGAAGACGCUCGAGGCGCGCGGAAACGCGGGGCGGUGCUUUCGAGAGGAGAUAUCGAAUCUCGCGCGGGCGAGCUGCGAGGCGACGAAGGCGACGAUUCGAGCGGCGUGCGCGAGGGCGAGGGAAGGGCGCGCGGCGAACGUGCGACGAGGCGUGGGCGCCGUUUGGGAGGCGUCGAAAGCGUUCGCAAAGGCGCCGAAAGAUGCGGUGCGCGCGGUGGCGGCGCGUUUGAUGACGUGCGCGAGGUUCGUCAAGGACGUGGACGACGAGAUGCGCGCGCUCGGCGAGGACGAGGAAGGCGCGGCGGCUUCGACGCGAACGGACGAGGAUGAUUUGAGAUUUUGCGACGACGAUUUCAGCGAGACGGAGAUGGCGAACGCGAAGGCUCUGCGCGUGUUCGUCAAGGAGUGCGUCGCGCUGUUGAAGGCUUUGAUUUUACCGACGGUGAAAGAGAAGACGGCGCGGCUGGAAGCGCUCGAGCCAAUCGUCGACGCGUGCUUGGAGUUUCAAAAUUGUGUCGAAGAAAUCGGAGCGGGAGCGUACCCCCCGCAAGACGUCGACGAUCUCAAGGUACACGUGCGAACCGCGCGAGAGGCGGGCAAAAAGAUGUUCGAGUGCGUGCGAGACGCCGGAAUCGGCGACGACGAAACCGAAAACGCGUUUGCGCGAUUCGACGAGACGGGCGCGAGCGUCUCGUUACGCGUCGACUAA